AUAUAUUAAAAAGUUCAUAAAGUUAUAGAUUUUAAUAAAAUUUAGUUUUUGAUUGUUUUCAUUAUUAUAUUUGUGAGAUGAGAAAUGAAACAAUAUAUACCGACAUCUCUGACAUGCAUAAAGUAUGAGACUAGGCCUAGUAAUUUUUAUUUCAUAACAUUUAGCUCGAAGAGUUUCUCAAGGAGCUUGAUAUAGAAAAAAAGGGAAAGUGAAAUUCUGUUAGAAGCAUGGAGGAAGAUCAUAUGAAAGAGCCAUUGUUGGAGAAGCAGUACUUUAAGGAUUGCCCUGGUUGUAAAGUGGAACAAGCCAAAGAACUUAAUCAAGGAGUAUCCAUUACAAAUCUUUUGAUUAUUUGGAUGGUCGUCUUAUCUGCUACCUUACCUGCAUCAUCUCUCUUUCCAUUCCUUUAUUUCAUGGUAAGGGAUUUCAAUGUUGCAAAAGAAGAGGCGGAUAUUAGCUAUUAUGCUGGUUAUGUUGGAUCUUCAUUCAUGCUUGGAAGAUCUUUGACAUCUAUAUUUUGGGGAAUGAUUUCCGAUCGUUAUGGUCGAAAACCUGUUAUAAUUAUAGGGAUAAUCGCAGUUGUAAUCCUCAACACACUAUUCGGUCUUAGUACGAGUUUUUGGAUGGCUGUUAUAACGAGAUUUCUUCUUGGAAGUUUAAACGGUGUGCUUGGACCAGUAAAGGCCUAUGCUACUGAACUUUUUCGAGAAGAGCAUCAAGCUAUAGGACUUUCUACUGUUAGUGCAGCUUGGGGCAUAGGUUUAAUCAUUGGUCCUGCAUUGGGUGGAUAUUUGGCUCAGCCAGUAGAAAAAUACCCAAAAAUAUUUAUGAAGGAUUCCUUUUUUGAUAAAUUUCCCUACUUCUUGCCCUGUUUUAUAAUAUCAGGACUUGCACUUACAGCAGCAAUUAUCUGCAUCUGGAUUCCAGAAACACUUCAUAAUCACAGUGGUAGAAAUGAGUCUAAAGAUGAUGCUGAAGCUUUAGAAAAUGGAAGCAACGAGGAUGACAAACAAAGGACAGUCCAAAAGAAUGAAAACCUCUUCAUGAAUUGGCCUUUAAUGUCAUCUAUCAUUGCUUAUUGUAUCUUUGCACUUCAUGAUAUAGCUUAUCAAGAGGUUUUCUCAUUAUGGGCUGUCAGUCCUUCGAAAUUAGGGGGUUUGAACUUUACAACUGAUGAUGUUGGUGAUGUUCUUUCAAUUUCAGGACUUGCACUUUUCAUCUACCAGAUUGCUGUAUAUCCAUUUGUGGAAAAAGUUUGUGGACCUAUUGCCAUUGCCCGCAUCGCAGGGAUUUCUUCUAUACCACUAUUGCAAAGUUACCCAUUCAUAGCAAUGUUAUCAGGCAUAACUUUAUACACAAUAAUUAGUAUUGCUUCCAUGCUGAAGAAUGUUAUGGCUGUGACAAUUACAACGGGUUUAUUCCUUAUACAAAAUCGAGUUGUGGAACAACACCAAAGAGGGGCAGCUAAUGGAAUUUCUAUGACAGCUAUGUCUUUUUUCAAAGCUAUUGGUCCUGCUGCAGGUGGUACAAUAUUAACUUGGUCACAGAAACGGAGGGAUGCUUCUUUCCUUCCAGGCUCUCAAAUGGUAUUUUUUUUCUUGAAUUUAGUUGAAGGACUUGGAAUACUUUUGUUGUUCAAACCAUUCCUUGGUGAAAAGAAGAAAACACACUCAGUUCAGUUACAUUGAUAUCCAUCAACUUUUGAUUUUUGAGUCAUGCUUUAUCACUCUCAUUAGGUGCAUUAUUAGAAUUGUCAUCAUAUACAGGUGUUUCUUAUUGCUAAAUUGAUAGUAGAAACACCAAAUAAAAAAAGAAAAUGAAGAAACAAAACAAAAGAAACAACUAACAAACAAGAAAAGGGAAUAAAAAGGAAGGUGAGUUGAAAAAGAAUUUGAGGAAGUAAUUGUGCUUCUUUACUGGAAUCUUGACUCUCAAGGGGAAAGACAUUUCACAAUAUUAUCCUCAUGAAAUUUUAUCUCAUGACCUUUCUAAAUUCUUUUAUCUAAGUUUAUCGAAGUAUAUACAUUGAAACAUUUUAAUUAUGAUUAUUGUUAGAUAUUGUUGCGGUUGAUUAUAGCCUAGAGGUAGCUAUAGUUGGUCACAUUCAACCGUAAGGUAGUUAACAUUUGUUAGUUUAAUUAAGAUCGUUAUACAAAGUUUAUUUUAUAUUUAUUGUAA